AUGCGCUCCCUUAGGCACCACACAGCCCACAACCUCAACACCUUCCGUCGCCACUAUGUCGCCGAAAUCUCCGGCUCACUUGGCGAUCUGGGCACCUUUCUCCCUAUCGCCAUCGCCCUCGCCGUCAACGACACCGUCUCACUCUCCAGCACCCUCAUCUUCUCCGGCAUCUUCAACAUCCUGACCGGCCUGUUCUUCGGCAUCCCGCUGCCCGUGCAGCCCAUGAAAGCCAUCGCCGCCGUUGCCAUCGCCCGCUCCUUCACCAACGGCGCCAUCGUCGCGGCCGGCAUCUUCGUCGCCGCCUGCAUCCUCCUCUUCAGCGUGACCGGCAUCCUCCGCUGGUUCGCCCAUGUCAUCCCUGUCCCCGUCAUCAAGGGCAUCCAGGUCGGCGCCGGGCUGUCCCUCAUCAUCGCGUCCUGUGGGAGCAUGCUCUCGUCGCUGGGGUGGGUGCACCCCUCCUGGGCCGAUAACCGGCUCUGGGCCAUCGCCGCGUUCCUCUUCCUCGUCGUCACGAACGUCUACCGCGGGAUCCCCUACGCGCUGGUGGUGUUCAUCCUCGGGCUUGCAUUCGCUAUCAUCCGCAGCGCGCUCGCCGCCGACCUCCCCUCGCUGCAGCUCUGGCGGCCACGGGUCGUGGUGCCGACCCCCCACGAAUGGGCGGUGGGGGCGCUAGACGCCGGCAUCGGCCAGAUCCCGCUGACGACGCUCAACUCCAUCGUCGCGGUCGUGCAUCUGGCGGCGGAUCUGCUUCCGGACGUGCGCACGCCCUCCAUCACCUCCAUCGGGCUCAGCGUGGCCGGCAUGAACCUCGUCGGCUGCUGGUUCGGCGCCAUGCCCGUGUGCCAUGGGUCCGGCGGGUUGGCGGCGCAGUACCGCUUCGGCGCGCGGUCUGGAGCUAGUGUCGUGUUUCUGGGGGUGCUCAAGCUUGUGAUCGGGGUGUUCUUUGGGGAGAGCCUGGUGGGGCUGUUGAAGCGGUUUCCUGGCGCGUUGCUGGGCGUCAUGGUUAUCGCGGCUGGACUGGAGUUGUUGAGUGUGGGAGAGAGCUUGAAUACGACCGCUGCGCGGGAUCUGGUCAAGCUUCAUAACGGUCUCACGGGCGAUCCGAACGAACAUGUCGGACCUAUGCUGAGUGAGGAGGAUCGGAAACGCAGAUGGAUGGUGAUGAUGGUCACGGUCGGUUUGCUGGUUGGGUUUAAGAAUGAUGCCAUUGGGUUCGUGGCGGGCAUGCUGUGCCACUGGACAUAUGAACUGCCGACUCUUGUUGGUAAAGUGCGUGCGCGAUGGGAAGAGGGGAGAGUGCGGUUGGCUUAG